AUGAGUACUUCCGUCCGCAACAUCCCCACUCCCACCGCAAAUCAGCGGUCAGACGUCCAAACCGUCCGCGCCGGAAAGAUGGACAUCGAGCAGCUCGCCGACAUUUUCUCUCUCGGCCUGACCAAAUAUUGUUCGCCCUUCCUGUGGAAUCACACCACCGAACAGGCCUGUAGGCUACCGAUGGGACACCAUUCCUGGGACUUCCUGUGCGACUUGGCGGAGCUGUGGCCGCGCCAUCGCAGCUGCGAAGCGCUGCUUUACGCCGUGACUAAUGCGUACAACCGCACGCACGCGGAUUCGCUGGCGACCGCGACCCGCAGCCGCAAGAUCACCGCCGACGUCGGGAACAUCCGGCUCAUCGGUACGGCGGACUGGGAGGGAUUAAUGACGGACGGAUGGAGGUUCUGCUUCAUGGCCGUCGACCACGGCUUGGUGUACCAGUCGCCCCCCUACGACUACCGCCGCCGGGGAGAUCUGAUCGUCAUCAUUAACCGCCUCCUCGAUAUGCUCCGGUUCUACCCCCACCCCCAACCCCAACCCCAGCCCCAGCAGUAG